AUGGCGGCCUCGGGGCUGACGAUUGUGAUUAAACUAGGAACGAGCUCGAUUGUCGACGAGAAAACGCACGAGCCUAUUCUAUCAAUCUUGACUCUUAUAGUAGAAACGGUUGCAAAGUUACGAAAAGAUGGACACCGAGUCGUGCUUGUCUCCUCCGGCGCCGUGGGGGUUGGACUAAGAAGGAUGGACGUGGACCAGAGACCAACAUACCUGCCUCGAAUACAGGCACUUGCAGCCGUUGGUCAGUGCCGACUUAUGAGUCUUUGGGACAACAUGUUCUCGCACCUUCGAGUUCCCGUUGCCCAAAUCCUCCUGACGAGAAACGAUAUUGCAGAUAGAACUCAAUAUGUCAACGCUCAGAAUACUUUCGAGCAGUUGUUCGACAUGGGCGUGAUUCCGAUUGUCAACGAAAAUGAUACCCUUGCAGUUUCUGAAAUCAAAUUUGGCGAUAACGAUACCCUUUCCGCGAUCACCGCAGCUACUGUCAAGGCCGACUAUCUAUUCUUGAUGACAGAUGUCGACUGCCUUUAUACCGCCAACCCCCGCAAUAACCCUGACGCUAAGCCCAUUGAGGUUGUCGACGAUAUCUCAACUCUCGAGGCGGAUGUCUCGUCUGCCGGGUCGGCUCUUGGAACUGGAGGCAUGAGCACGAAGAUUGUGGCCGCGAAGUUGGGUACCAGUGCGGGUGUGACUACUGUGAUCACCAAGAGCUCUAAGCCGGGAAAUGUUCAUGAGAUCGUGAAGUACCUGCAACGGCUCCAAGAAGUAUCCAAGUUGAAUGGCAAUUCCACCGAUGAUCAGCCGCUGGAUCUCCCUGUUCCUCCUCUCCAUACUCGGUUCCUUCCCUCUAACACCCCGAUUCAGUCCCGCACAUUUUGGCUACUUCAUGGCCUCACGCCCCACGGCACUAUCUAUAUUGACCAUGGAGCGUACGAUGCCCUCCAAAACAAGGCCAGUCUUCUCCCAGCCGGAGUUCUUGGAGUUGAAGGUCACUUUGGCCAACAUGAAUGUGUGCGCCUGGUGGUCGUGGAGAAGCCUUCUCCCGAUGCGCUAAACGGGGAUUUCCUCCAUCAUGGGCAAGAGCCCAAGGAAGUUGGUCGUGCGCUUGUGAAUUACGGCAGUCUGGAAAUUGCACAUAUCAAAGGUCACCGAAGUACACAUAUUGAGUCCCUGAUCGGCUAUGCAGACAGCGAGUACGUUGCGCUGCGGGAGAACAUUUCCUUUCACCCCGAAGACCGACACAAUCACCCUGCGACUCCGACAUUGUCUCCCGUAUUAGACGAGUGCAAGUCCCCAAGUUCACAACGCGACACGAAUCAUGAAGAAUGA